UCUUCUACUCAGUCUGAAUUGUAACGCCAAUCGAGACACAUCGAGUGAUCGACAAUUGGAAUUAACAAUUAACAAUACCGAUCAAUUAUCGCAAAGAGUUAUUAUCCGCCGAUUAUUCUCAGCAAUAAUCCCUCGAGCUUAUAAAAAUCGACUGUUAAUUACUCGUGAGAAGAACUUUGACAGCAAUUAUCUGAAAUUAUCAAUUGAUUUGGAUAAAUCGAUAAGAUGCCGAGCAAUAAGACGAGGGUUGCUAUAAUUGGAGGUGGUGUUGCUGGAUUGGUUGCAGCUAGACACAUCUCAUCUAGACCCCAGGAUAUAGAGUUAACUUUGUUUGAGCAAACUGAUGCUGUCGGUGGUACCUGGGUCUACACCGAUGACACAGAUCUCGAUAAAAAUGGUCUACGGGUGCACAGCAGCAUGUACGAAAAUCUCAAAACGAAUUUGCCUAAAGAAAUUAUGCAAAUACCGGAUUUUCCGUUGAAAGUGGAAGACACGAGAUCUUUUGUGAGUCACAGGGUUAUCAAGCAAUAUCUUGAGGAUUACACACAGCAUUUUAAUAUUUAUCCAUUCAUAAAGUUCAAUACUCUGGUGACACGCGUCGAGCCGUCGACGUCGGGAAGCGGUCGGACAAUCUACGCCAUCACCUACGAGGAUGUUAUCGAUAAAGUUCAAUGCACCCAGACAUUCGAUGCUGUUGUUGUGUGCAAUGGAAAUUACAGUGUUGGUGUUAUACCGAUGAUUAAAGGAAGUGAAACAUUCCCUGGGGAUUGUAUCCACAGUCACCAGUACAGAAAUCCGAAGAAAUACGCUGGCAGGAGGGUUUGCAUAUUUGGGGCAUCGUGGUCGGGAAUUGAUAUCGCAACCGAGGUCGCUAAUUACGCUACUAAGAUUUAUUUGAGUCACAAUUUGGAGACUCUGGGUGCAGUGAUGCCGGAGAAUAUAGAGCAGAGGCCUGGAAUCAUCUCCAUCGAGGGGAAUACCGUCAUCUUCAAGGAUGGAACGAGUGCAGAGGUCGAUGACCUCAUCUAUUGCACAGGGUACAAAUUCACGUAUCCAUUUCUGUCUGAGAAAAUCGAGCUGCUGACGGUAGAUAAUCAUGUAGAACCGAUCUACAAACACUUAAUUCACACGGACAUGCCGAAUUUAUUCUUUAUGGGACUACCAAGUCUUGUGAUUCCUUUCCCAAUGUUUCAUAUUCAGGCGCAAUACAUUCUGAAAAUAUUGGAAGGACAACUCAAGCUUCCCUCGUCAGAGGAAAUGCGGAUGGACUUCAUGAGAGAGAAACAGGCACUUCUGGACGAAGGAAUUCCAGUACGUCAUAUCAGCAAAUUGAAAGAACGACAAUGGUCUUACUACGAUGAGCUAGCGUCAGCAGCAAAUGUUCCGUCAUUUCCUCCAGUGAUCAGAAAAAUUAUCACACACGUGGAUCAAAUGCGAGCAAAAGACUUCACGACAUAUAAAAAUUACCAGUACAAAAUACUCGACAGAGAGAAUUUCACUUAUACUUACCGUAAGAUUUCUUAGACCUCAACCCUCAAUCCCGAUAAACUGAUUCUAACAAUCAUUAGACGUAAUUAUUCAUUAACGAAUAAAUUAAAUGGAUCAAUUGUAGAAACUAUUUACACCGAUCGAUUUCAUUAAAAUUGAAGUGGAUCGCUUAUAUAAUUGUAAAUUCAACACAUGUGUUCAAUAAACAAUCAC